AUGGCAGCCACUACAGAAAUUGCCACCGCAAAUGAAUUUGAGGUUGAACCACAGAUGUCGGUCGCCGGGGGACCAUGGGGCAUGAUUCAUGAACCAAUUCACGAGUCCCUCACAUUGGCUGCCCUGAUCAGCAGCAAUUAUGAUGUUAGUCGGGGCACAACUAUUAAGAACGCCAGUAACCACGAUUGGGAAUACAUCCGGGGAGCAAUCUGGAAUGAUGACCCGGAUUGUCAGCUCUUCAACGACUCUGCGGGAGAGAACCAUUCCUACUCAACAGGAGGCAUGUGGCUAUACUAUUACAAGCAGGGUGAGUCUGAGUGGAAUCCGAACGACCUUGACUCAACCCGACUCCGGAACCCUAUCGGCCGUUCACAUUACGGCGACCUUCAGUUCCUCCACUGCAUGGCCUCUGCUUCUGGGGAAGAGCCCACGAUAACUAAGGCAAAGGUGAUGCUGUGGAUGGAAGUAAUGUACAAGCUCGCCAAUGGUGAAGAUGGAAUCACUCCUAACACGGAAGUUCAACACACAAAACUUGAAGAGUUUUUCCCUGUCUUGUCCCUUCCGCCAAGGUUCAAGUCAUUGGCUUAUCUUCUGGCAAAGGAAUCAAAGUUCCAAGGCUUGGAUAUUCAUCGACGAGCACUCGGCAGCAUGUUCCAUGUCAUUCAAGAUUCUUACGCUAUUGGCCAUACCAAGCGUACGCCGUUGAACCCAGGAGACAUGGAAACUACCAGUCAGUGGUCCUCUCGGCACCAGCGUAUCUAA